UGGUAUGAAAACUGUCAGGAACAACAACAACAAGAAACAACAACAACAACAAGUGAGCGUGACGAUCAGCUGAUCAUGGCCGUCGCCAAGUACAUCGCCUUCGCCACCUUCAUCAUCAUGGCUGGCACUGGUAUAGCAGUGGGCUAUACUGGUGCCAGUCUGCUGACUGCCUAUGUGGCCUACCUCUCGCCUUGGGUGCCUGUGUGGCUGUGGAUGGCUGUGGGGUCGGUGAUGGUGCUGGGAGUCGUCAUCACGGCUAUCAGUACUGUUGGUGCUAUAUCAACUUUGGCACCAAAUCCAAAAGCCUUUAAGAUGUGCCUUUCAUUGCUGCUGUUGGCGAUAGUCACGGAAAUAGCCUCAACAUUGAUGGUGUACCAGAAGAAGGAGCUGUUUUUGCAGUCCCUUACUCUUCACAUGAAGCAAGAAAUGACAAUAACAGAGGCAGGCUAUGGCGUGAAUGCAUCUGACACUCAGUUGUGGGAUGAAAUUCAGCUUGAGAUGAAUUGUUGUGGAGUAGAAAGCUACGAAGAUUGGUUCCCCACAUCAUUUGGCAAUGGUACGGAUGUUCCUGACUCAUGCUGCUUGCUUAUUUCUGAAGGGUGUGGCAAAGACAUAAAAAAUACUGUGGAUCCAGCAGAUGAUAUAGAAACUGAGGGGUGCUUACCUACAAUUGUAGAUGACCUUACACGGGAUGCUAAAACACUGAGUCGAGGAGUGUGGCUGCCAGUUUGUGCCAUGCAUGUUGCUCUGCUUGUUCUCCUGUUGGCCACGUCAGUUUUCCUUCAUGAUGGUUAUGGUGAUGGCAGCUUUCGGGUCUACUCUGUGUCUGCAGUGAUGCCAAGCCCCAGCCACAAGUACAAAACUUUGGUUAAUAAUAAUUGUUAAAAUAAUCUCCAAAAAAAUGAUGAUAGUAGAUAUUAUGUAAACAUAUUGGCAGUAUUUCAGUAUUUGUUUUAGCCAUCAAUUAACAUUAUCCUUAUUUAAAAAAUCAUAUAUUUGAAUAUGUUCAAUGCAAAUACUUGAUAUUUGAGUUCAUUUGGUAAUUAAUAGUCUAUAAACACUUGAGUUGAACUAUGAAAAAAGUGUGUGCGUGUGUGUGGGUGGAUGUGCGUGUGUGUGUGCUUGCAUGUGUGUGUGUGUGUGUACUUACUUGUGAUAAACAGGAACUUAGAUUUGCUCAUGAGGUCCUGUCUCAAGAGUCUCAUUCAACCAAAUGUCUGAAUUUAUUAUAAUUUUUGGACUGGAUGUUCUCAUUGUCCAGGCAGUUUCACAGUUCAGUACAUUUGUGUAGAAAACUGCAUAUUUUAUAUCUCAAGCAUCUUGUCUUUUUCACUUUCUUUUCAUGUCCUCUUGUCAUGCACCUAUCCAACAAAACAGAUUUCUCUAUCAAUUAUCUAUCCCUCUAAAUGCCCUGAACACUGCAAUCAUGUUACCUCCCCUCUUUCUACUAAGGAUGGUGGCCCCAACUUAACAGUCUUUCCUUGUUCAUUAAAGCCAUCAAGUUGCUGUAAAAAUGAUGCUUUUCCUUGUCAACAUCAUCACUGACCAGGAUUUCUCUAAUUUUCAAUACUUUGACCACCUACAUAUUUUUCUAUCUUUUCCAAGCUUUGCUUUUUCUGUUGUUCUUAUAUUCCCCUUUUCUUUCUCUAAAGAGUUUUCAACCCCCUGAAUUCCUUGUGUACCUUCAUUAGGUUUUCCUUGUCUCACUGCAUUCUCUUUGAGUUGUCUUUUCAGCUUGUCCCUUUGUUUCUUCAGUCUGUAGUUAUUUUUCUUGAGCUCCAUUAUUUGGUUUGUGUGUGCGUGCAUGCACACGUAUAUUUACCUAGUUGUGAUAUACAGGAAGUGAGCUACGGGUGUGUGUGUGUGUGUGUGUGUGUGUGUUGCCUACAUUUAUAUUUGUAUACAGGGAAUUUCAAGGAUUAUAAGGAUGUUUUCAUGAGUAAAGCAACAUGGUUAGUGGAUGCUUGUAUCAAAGGUUUUGAUUGCAGUGGGUGUAUAUAUACUUGUAUAUUGCUGAUCUAUAUAGAGGGACUAUAUAUUUUAGAUCAAUAAACAUUUACUUGCA